GGGUGGGUUUGUGAGCACAACUCGGUGGUGGCGGGGGUAGCCUGUGAAGGUGUCAUGGCUGCUGUCGCUGAGCUUAGUCGCUCCAGCAGUGGUGACAGGAGUUUGGAACGGAGCUGCAGCCCUAAUCUCUCCCAAGAGGUGCUCUGCGAAAUCUUUCGCUCUCUGCAUAGCCUGGUGGGACAACUUAACCUCAGAGAUGAUGUGGUGAAAAUUACAAUCGAUUGGAACAAGCUCCAGAGCCUCUCGGCAUUCCAGCCCACUUUGCUCUUUAGUGCACUUGAACAACAUGUUUUAUAUUUACAGCCUUUUUUAGCAAAACUUCAGCCUCUGAUUAAAGAGGAGAAUACAACUGUUGUUGGAGGGACAGAAAAAACAGAAAUGGGGAAUAAGAAUGAAGUAAAUGCCAAAUUUCCCAUUAGUGACCUACAAGAGGAAGAAAAGCACAAAGAUUGUGAUUUAGGAGAUGUGAAAAAGACACAGAUCCAUGUUGAUCCAGAAGUAGUUCAAAUAAAGGCUGGAAAAGCAGAAAUUGACAGACGAAUAUCUGCAUUUAUUGAAAGAAAGCAAGCUGAAAUCAAUGAAAACAACGUGAGGGAAUUUUGCAAUGUUAUUGAUUGUAAUCAAGAAAACAGUUGUGCAAGAACUGAUGCCAUUUUUACUCCUUACCCGGGAUUUAAAAGUCAUGUAAAAGUUUCUAGAGUUGUGAAUACAUAUGGACCACAGACUAGACCUGAAGGAAUUCAAGGGUCAGGUCAUAAACCUAACAGCAUGCUCCGAGAUUGUGGUAAUCAGGCUGUAGAAGAACGACUACAAAAUAUUGAGGCUCACUUGCGAUUGCAGACGGGUGGUCCAGUGCCAAGAGACAUUUAUCAGAGAAUUAAAAAACUUGAGGAUAAAAUCCUUGAAUUGGAAGGCAUCUCUCCUGAAUAUUUUCAUUCUGUAAGCUUUUCCGGAAAAAGAAGAAAAGUACAACCACCUCAACAGAAUUAUUCACUGGCUGAACUUGAUGAAAAAAUUAGUGCCCUCAGACAAGCCCUGCUCAGAAAAUCAAGAGAAGCAGACUCCAUGGCUACCCACCACCUUCCAUGAAAAACUCCUCUCAUUCUUGUCAUUUUACUUUUUUUAUAUACUUACAGUGCAGUUAAUUAAGUGGAUAUGUGUUUAUCAAUGUAACUUUCCUUCUCUGAAAUCAAGGUUCUUUUCAUGAGAGUCUGGCCUGCAGCAGGUCAUCUGCAGAUAUUCCAGUGAAGUUUGAAAUGGUUAUAAGGUGUGGAAAACAGCAUUGUCGGAAAGUGUCCCCUUCUGUUCUAAAGGAGGUAUUUUGGAAACCGAAAAACUUAAUUUCAAAGCACAUCUUUUUGUGUGUGUGUACAUGCCACAGAAAGGACGAUUUAUUUUGAAUAGUGAUAUUUAAAAGGACUUUAUAUUUGUAACAUCAGUGUCAACCAGUUUUUUUGUUUAAAUCAGUACUUUGUACGUAAUAGGCAAGAAGAAUUUACCAACUGAAAUGAAUUUUAAAUGAAUGCAUACUUUUUUUUCCAAAUGCCAACUUUAAAUAAACAGUAGACUCUACCUUUAUCCCCUUACUGUGUGACCUUUAGCAAAUUAAUCUCUCUUUGUAUCUUAAUUUCUUUAUCGGUAAAAUGGCAUUGAUAAUAAUAAAACCUACGGUUGUCAUGAA